GCUACAUGUUCAAGUAUAAAUACCCCCCUAUCCUCCCAGCAAUAUUGCACUGCAAUUUCACCUUGUCACGCAACAAACAAACUCCUAGAACCAAACUAAGCUGCUAGAGAUGGCUCUGAGAAGUUUCUCCACGACGGACACGAGUCUGUCCUCCGUCGUGGCUCGAAAAAAUCAUCAGCUCUCGUUGAGGCCCGCAGAGGCUAACCAGAGGACCCUGUUUUCUUCUAACAGGAAGGUCAAGUCUGGUGGCGCCUAUGCACCGUUGACCAUCAGGAGCUGGAAAGGCCAUGUAGCACCACCCGAACAAAUCAUCGAGCAUUUCGAAAAUGGAGUCAUUCCUACUAAAAUCCCCAAGGCCAAAGUCGUCACCAGAAAAGACUUCCCCAAGGACUUUAAAUUCGGAUGCUCAACCUCAGCUUUUCAGACCGAAGGAUCGGGAACAGAGGGAGGGAGAGGGCCAGCAACAUGGGAUGGAUUCAUUCAAGAUAACAUUGCUGGACUUGAUAUUGCUGUUGAUUCAUACCAUCGCUAUAAGGAAGAUGUGCAGCUACUGAAGAAUAUGGGAGCAGAUUCAUACAGAUUUUCCAUUUCCUGGUCCAGGAUUCUUCCGGAUGGGACAGUGAGUGGUGGUAUAAAUCAAGAAGGCAUUGAUUUCUACAACAACUUCAUUAAUGAACUUAUUCAAAAUGGAAUUACCCCAAUUGUUACACUAUUCCACUUUGAUUUGCCAUCUGCCCUCCAAAACAAAUACAGUGGCUUCUUGAAUAAGCAGAUUGUGGAUGAUUUUAAAGCAUAUGCAGACCUGUGUUUCAAAACUUUUGGUGACAGAGUGAAGCACUGGAGUACUAUCAAUGAGCCACAAGUUUUUGGACAGUAUGGUUACAGAAUCGGGUUGAAGGAAGCCAGAACAACCGCGGCAACCGACCCUUUUUUAGCUACCCACCACAUUAUAUUAGCCCAUGCUGCAGCAGCUAAACUCUAUAAACAGACUUAUCAACCCACUCAGAAGGGAGAGAUCGGUAUUUCACUUGUCACAAUCUGGUUUGAGCCUCAUGGAAAUACCAGGCAAGACAUUGAUGCAUCUGAGAGAGCUUUUGACUUCAUGGUUGGGUGGUUAUUGGAGCCAAUGGUGCACGGAGAUUAUCCAUUCAUUAUGAAGGCUCUGGUGAGGGAUGGCCUUCCAACAUUUACUGAUGAGGAAAAAGCUCUGGUUAAGGGCUCUUAUGAUUUUAUUGGAAUCAAUUACUAUACUUCCAAUUAUGCAAAGGAUAUUCCAUUUACUCCGGAUUAUAAUUACACUAAUCAGGCUCAGUUUCAACACGCGACAUUAACAACUGACCGUAAUGGAGUGCCUAUUGGAGAACCAACCCCUGGGAGUGAUGCAAUAUUCGUAUACCCCCAAGGACUAAGAGAUGCCCUGGUUUACAUAAGCAAAAACUAUAAUAACCCGAAACUAUACAUUACUGAAAACGGGUAUCCUGAUAAGCGAGAUGACACAGUUCCAGUAGCUGAGGCCAUAAAAGAUCCUAAACGAAUUCAGCAUAUUCUCAGCCAUCUCUAUGCAAUAAACGAAGCAAUGAAAUUGGGAGCCAAUGUAAAUGGUUACUUCAUGUGGGCAUUGAUGGACUGCAUGGAGAUGGGGCAAGGCUACAACGUGAGAUUUGGUCUCUACUACACAGAUUAUCUCAACAAUCUCAACAGAAUUCCCAAAGAAUCUGCAGGCUGGUUCAAAACCUGGGCCACAGCUAAAUGAAGUCGAUGAUGGCUUUUGUUGUAUUAUCAUAUACUAUUUGGUGUAUGAUUUUUAGUUGCUGAGUUUGUUGUGUUAGUGUAUGAUUUUCCUGAGCCGUGACAUUUCAUCUCUGCGGCAUGAAUAAUAAUGUUUUGUUCUGCUUAAUUUAAUGAAAUAAAAAUGCUGCUUUUCAUUC